GGAAUGUCAAUGAUGAUGGAGAAGGUAGAGUCUGGACAGAAGCUAUACACGAAAAUGCGGCUUUGGGAAUUUCCGAAUCAGUAUGUGAUUGAACCAACAGAUGGAUCUUCUUCGGGUUCUUAUUUGUCAGUUAGUCGAAAAGAUGGCUCCAUCAAGCUCAUUGAUGAGAUUUCUGAAAGCAGUACCGUUCGAGUUCCUAAAAUUUUCACAAUUUAUGGGGUGGCUGGGAUGUUGCGGCUUUUGGAGGGAUCGUAUUUGCUGGCUAUAACCGGGCGUGAAUGUGUUGGAUCCUACUUGGGACAUCCAAUUUUCAAAGUUUCAUCUCUAAAGGUUUUUCCAUGUGAUUGUUCCCAACGCAAUAUCCCUUCUGAACAACAGAAGAAGACAGAGAUCGAUUUUUCUGGGAUAUUAAGAGUUGCUGAGAAGACUACGGGUCUGUUCUUCUCGUACGACGCCAAUUUAACACUCAGUACCCAAAGGCUAAAUGACCUUGGUGACGAGUCUAGGUCGCUUCCCCUUUGGAGACAGGCAGAGCCUCGAUUUCUAUGGAAUAAUUAUCUGUUGGAAGGGCUCAUAGAGAACAAGCUUGACCCAUACUUACUCCCUAUCGUCCAAGGCAGUUUUCAUCACUUUGAAUCUGCUAUCGGGAAAGAUAUUAUUGAAAUCACGUUAAUCGCUAGGAGAUGCACGAGAAGAAAUGGAACCCGAAUGUGGAGAAGAGGAGCUGAUCCUGAUGGAUAUGUGGCUAAUUUUGUGGAAACAGAGCAAAUUAUGAAGAUCAAUGGGUAUACAGGAUCAAUUGUUCAGGUUCGUGGUUCAAUUCCGCUGCCUUGGCAGCAAAUUGUUGACUUAACAUAUAAACCGAAGUAUGAAUUACUGAACCAUGAGGAAGCUCCCCGAGUUUUGGAGAGGCAUUUCUUAGAUUUAAGAAAAAAGUAUGGGUCUGUGUUAGCUAUUGACCUAGUUAACGAGCACGGAGGAGAAGGUCGGCUAUGCGAAAAAUAUGGAAAGACAAUGCAACAUGUAUCUGGUAAUGAUGUCAGAUAUCUGCAUUUCGAUUUCCAUCACGUUUGCGGGCACAUCCAUUUUGAUCGUCUUUCAAUCCUUUAUGAUCAAAUAUCUGAUUUUAUUGAGAGAAAUGGAUACCUUCUAUUGAAUGAAAAGGGAGAGAAAAUGAAGGAGCAACUUGGGGUUGUGAGAACCAAUUGUAUUGAUUGUCUAGACCGUACAAAUGUUACUCAGAGCAUGAUAGGCAGAAAUAUGCUAGAAUUCCAGCUUAGAAGAAUUGGGAUCUUUGGUGCCGAGGAAACCAUUAGUUCACAUCCAAAUCUAGAUGACAGCUAUAAGAUCUUGUGGGCUAAUCAUGGGGAUGAUAUAAGUACUCAAUAUACAGGCACUCCUGCUCUCAAAGGAGACUUUGUCCGAUUUGGGCAUCGCACAAUGCAGGGGAUAGUAAAUGAUGGUGUGAAUGCUCUUAUGCGCUAUUAUUUGAAUAACUUCUGUGAUGGAACAAAGCAGGAUGCAAUUGAUCUCUUACAAGGGCAUUUCAUAGUUUCUGCCAACCGAGAACAUAGUCCUUCUCAGAAUCAAGGCAUUGAAGCUAUUGCUUCAUUUCCUCUGGCUUUGGGUCUGGUUUUGACUGGCUUUUUUUUCACACUCAUGUCGUUGACGCAAGUCAGAUAUGAUUUUAAGCACUUGUUCUUCUCACUUGUGUGGGCAAGCAUUAGUGUUGGUAUAGCAGCAUUUGUGAAGGCCAAUGGUCGCGUUUUCAGCAACAGACCUCGCCUACACAAGCCCCGGUGUUGACUCCAUACACAGAUCACUGUUUGCAAUUAACAAUCCUCAACUGCACGAAUCUUUGCACUUCAAUGUCCCUUGCACACUUCUUAUGAUAUACUUAUUCUAUUAUUAUACU